ACCCUUCGGCUCAAUUCUUUCAUCACAACACUCAUAAAUCUUGAGAAUAGCAUUAAACUUCUUAGCUUAUCAAAGUUCUAAAAAGCUUGCCAGGUUCUGAGAUGACGAUUACGGAGAUGAGGGUGCAUAUGGAUUGUGCUGGCUGUGAGUCUAAAAUAAAGAAGGCUCUUCAAAAGCUCCAUGGUGUGGAUGACAUAGACAUAGACAUGGCCAUGCAAAAAGUGACAGUAAUGGGUUGGGCAGAGCAGAAGAAAGUUCUUAGAGCAGUAAGAAAAACAGGAAGAAGAGCAGAAUUAUGGCCAUAUCCAUACAAUCCUGAAUACUAUAACUUCAAACAACAAUAUCAUUAUCAGCAGAAUCAUCAACAAACCCUAACUGAUCAUCAACCUCAACCUGAUCAUCAAGUUACGUACUACGCAAGUUAUGAUCAGCUGUGCCCUACUUCGUCGUACAAUUAUCGCGAACAUGGAUACAGUGAUGAAAGCUAUGGUUAUUAUCAAACACCACCUUAUUCUAUUGGUGUUGAUGAACAAGCUACUGCCAUGUUUAGUGAUGAAAAUCCUCAUGCUUGUUCCAUCAUGUGAAUUUUGUAUUUCCCCUUUAAUUAUCUCUUCAUGUGUAUAAAUUAAGAAGUAUGUGCAACUUCGUAAUAAAUUGUACAUAUAGUUCUAAUUAUUUCUUAAUGCCAUGUUUGUUACUUCGUUAA